GCGACAAGACUAUCCAAGUAUAGGAGGUGCGAGACAGCGAUUCGUGGCUCAGAAAAAUACGCCAGUUUCUACGAAAGCCAACGUACUGCAGACGACUCGGUGCAACAGGUGGUUUGUGGUAUAUCGUGAAUUCUCGCUUCAGCAACCCGGGAAGUACUAUAGUUAGCGACCAAUAUGUCCUCCCAUGUGUAUUGUGGUAACUUUGUCCAUGCCACGGACGAUAAACCGAUGGAUGUAGUGACGGACUACGCCCUGGGCGUUAAAGAUGGCAAGAUUUUAUUCUUCCAACCAAAAGACCGUUUGAAAGAAUUAUUGAAAAAAUAUGGACUCCAUUCAAAGCAUGUACAGCAGAUGACAGAAGGUCAGUUUAUGAUGCCUGGUUUAGUGGACGUCCAUAAUAACGUGAUGCUGUAUCCACUGUCCGGUACGUCCGUGGCCUUGCCGUACUGGGAUGUUGUCAAGUCACGUUGCUGGCCCUUAGAAACUAGGUAUCACGAUCCGAAAUUCGCCAAAAAAGUUUUCACAAAAGCAGUGGAUCGGAACGUGAAGAACGGCAUCACCACAGCCUGUUACCGAAGCGGUAUACAUGCCGAGGCGGCAAUCGAGCUAUGGGAUAUUGUUGACAAGGUUGGCCAGCGUGCGUUUAUUGGUAAAUGCAAUCGCGAUACGAUUCGUGGCGAAGUUGGAUACGAUGCUUACAUGGAGCUGACCAACGAAUCAUUGAAGGCAACCCGACAGUUUCUCUAUGACGUCAAACAAAAAAAGUCUCCCUUGAUUACACCGAUUAUAUCGCCCUCAGCGCUGACCACUGUCACACCAGAAUUGAUGAAUGGAUUGUAUGAUUCUAUGCGAAUAAACGAGAUUUCCAUGCAGAUAUCUCUAUCACUAGAUGAAUCCGAUGAUGAUGAUGCUGUCCGUAUCCAUGGCCGCAAGUAUGUUGGUGGCGGUUACAACUCAUCACUAUUGGAGACGAUUCGUAACACUGUGAUGGCGUCCAAGGCAUUAUCUUUUCAGAAAAGCCAAGACUACGAAAGUGUUACAUUGGAAGAAGCGUUCAUGUUGGCCACGCUGGGUGGCAGCCAGGUUCUAGGAAUUGACAAUAAGAUCGGUAACUUUGAACCAGGUAAAGAGCUUGACGCACUUUUGAUUGACGUCAAUACGAAACACAGUGUCAUCGAUGUCUUCAAGGAAGUAGAUGAAUGCCCACCUACAGCAGAGGAUACAGUAUGCAAAUUUCUUCUCACUGGGGACGAUCGCAACAUUGUACAAGUCAUCGUCGCCGGCAAAGCAAUCAUUGACAAGCAAUCAAUGUACACACCUCAAGAACUGCUGCAGGACAUCAAACACAAGUUACCAACUCCCCUCAGUAAAUAAGCCAAACACCCC